UAUAUAGAGAGAGAACAGUAGCCGGUGCUCGCUAGCUUGUAUUGGUCGGUCGGUCGGUCGCAGCUGGAGAUGAGCCAAUUUUCUUUACCAACAAAAACUGUUUGUCUUCAUCAUCCUUAUUUACUCCCAAAACCGAUAAUUAAAAACCAGAAUUCGCUGGCCAUUUCCAUCGUUUUCCCUUUCUAUCUACUCUAUCCCAAAAUGGAGCAAACCCAGCGGGAUUGGCUUUUUCUUGGCUACUGAUCCGGAAUCUUUGACUUUCAGGCUAGAAAGAAGAUAAUAUUAUUCCAUUCAAGAACUAGGGUUUGUCCAAAAUCAGUUAUUUUCGAGUUUGGAGUUCCUCUGAUAGUCGCAGAGAGAUGGGUAAUCGAUUGAUUUGCAUGACGAAGAAGGAUAUACACGAAAAUGGUGGUGUUCUCACUUCCAGGAGCAGUAGAUUUAACGGCGGCGGCGGCGGCGGCAGUAGUCGGUCUCAGCGGAAAUCUCUCACGGAAGAGGAGCUUUUGCAUAGACAGGCUUUGUCUUUCGUCGUACAACAGCACCAACAGUUGCUGUCUUCUCAGAGAUUUGAUUCUGGAUCCAUGUCCCGCCGUAUUGGAUCCGUUGGCGGCUCCCGCCGUCGCGAUCUUUCUGAGUCUUUUUCAAAUGAAAAACCGCUUUCAGAAUUGUUGGAUUCUAUAAAAGAGAAGAAAAUUGUUUUAGUCCAUGGAGAAGGAUUUGGAGCUUGGUGUUGGUACAAAACAAUUGCUUUAUUGGAAGAAUCUGGAUUGCUUCCAACAGCCUUGGAUCUUACUGGAUCUGGUAUUGACAUGACUGACACAAACAACAUAGCCACUUUGGCUGAUUAUGCAAAACCGUUAAUCAAAUAUCUUGAAAGCCUUCAAGAGGAUGAAACGGUUAUUUUAGUUGGUCAUAGCAGUGGAGGAGCUUGUAUCUCUUAUGCAUUGGAGAACUUCUCGAAUAAAAUCUCUAAAGCGAUUUUUCUUUGUGGUACUAUGGUAUCCAAUGGCCAGAAACCUUUUGAUGUGUUUGCUCAAGAGCUUGGCUGUGCAGAAAUGUUUUUGCAGGAAUCAAAAUUCUUAGUCUAUGGGAAUGGUAAAGACAAUCCUCCAACCCAAUUGAUAUUUGAGAAACAACAAUUGAAAGGAUUAUACUUUAAUCAAUCUCCUUCCAAGGAUGUGGCUUUAGCAAUGGUUUCAAUGAGGCCUAUACCGCUUCGUCCACUCAUGGAGAACUUAUCUAUAUCACCCGAAAACUAUGGAAAAGGGAGACGGUAUUACAUUCAAACACUUGAAGAUAAUGCACUUUCGCCUGAUGUUCAAGAAAAGAUGGUUAGAGAAAACCCUCCUGAAGGAGUCUUCAAGAUCAAAGGUAGUGAUCAUUGCCCAUUCUUUUCCAAACCACAGUCUCUGCACAAAAUUCUUCUUGAAAUUGUUCAAAUCCCAUAGAGAUACCCAUUUAUUAGCCAGACAGGUUUUACUUAUUGGUUCUUAAAGGCUAUACUUUCUUGUAUGAUGUAGAAAACAUAAUUGAUUAAACUCUUUUCGGUUUUUCUUUUCCCCAUUUAAUGGUCGAGAAAUGUAGAAGAAAAGAAUUUGUGUUUGAAACAUUGAAACUCUUGUUUACUCUUUUGACUGAAUUGGUUCUUGCUAACCAAUUCAAUAAAAGUAGUCGGAUUUGGUAAGGAGAGAACCUGUUAAAGGUGCUUAUGCCUAUGCAACAAAGAGGAAUAUAAAUAAUCUUCUUUGCUUUA